GCUCAUGGAGCAACAGGUCAAUAACCCUAGUGCCAGUGGGCAAGAGCAUCUGUGCACUUGUUGCGAGCGGGUGUUUCCGACAGCCGAACGGCUGGCAGUGCACGUCAAGGUGCACCGGGGUGGACCCAAGCGGCCACUCAAGUGCAAGGAGUGCCCCCGCACGUUCCCUCGUAUUGACAAGCUGCGGGCACAUCAGCUGGUCCACCGGGUUGGGAAGCCCCAUAAGUGCGAAAUCUGCAGCAAGGCGUUCACGCACAAGCAGACACUUGUGGAACACCUGUUGCGCCACACGGGCGUGCGCCUUCAGCAGUGUGACCUGUGCCCCAAGAGCUUCUACUUCCGCUCUGACCUCGCGAGCCACCGGCGCCGGCACACGGGGGAGCGGCCCUACGAGUGUAGCGUCUGUCAGCACUGCUUUACUGGCCGUGCCGACCUACUGCGUCACGAACGAUCACACAAUGGCGACCGGCCCUACCGGUGCACCGUCUGCAAGCGCGGCUUCGGCCGCAACAGCAUCCUCGAGCGUCACAUGAUGCGCCACACGGGCGAACGACCUUACAAGUGCCACCUCUGCCCAAACACUUUCACGCGUCUGUACCUGCUACUGGAACACAGGAAAAACCACCCACAGCCACAGCGCAACCUAGGUCAUCUGGUCAAGCGCAGGGAGAUGAGAGGAAGACCACAGCAGCGUAGAACAGCUAAUCGUGCUGCAGCUGCUACUGCCUCCGUUUCUGUGGUACCAGGAGCGUCACCCACUUCAGCAUCUCCACUGUCUGCUCAAGAAGUAGCAGCUGAUACAACAUUUACCGUGCCAGAAGAGAAGCCUAAAUUAACAUCUACUCAGGAGCCAGCUGCUAUUCCAACAUUAGGUGAGCAGCCGAAAGAAACACCUUCUCCGCAGCGUGGUGCUUGCUCAUCAAAAGUCAAGCGGGCUUCGAAAAGCAAGGCGAAGAAAGGCAGGGUCAAGACUACACGCAGCACAGUGAGAAGCUUGUCGGGUGAUUGCACCCUCCUUGAGGCAACGCAGGGCAAUACACACGGGCCAUCCCUUUCAUCUUCGGAAGACCAGAAUUCCCUCCUUCAAGACCACGUGCAAGGAAGAAACCAACAGUCUGCCAUUUGCAACAAUACCUCACUGAAAAACCUGAAGAACAGGCAAAGAAAGCAGCAGCAGAAGAGAUUCCAGCAACCGCAACGUUCAGAGGUCUCUGGAAUCUCUUCUGCAACGGUGAACAACAGGACACCUAGCUCACCUUCCUUUUCAACUCCACAACCAAUAGCUGACGCACUCAACGUCAAGCAGGGCUCGAGAGCUGAGGACGUAGAUCUCACAGAUACAGUCACUGCUUCACCACUGUCCCCAGAAGCCCAUACCACAAACCUGACUGCAAGAGCUCAACCCCUGCAUAAUACUGUUGGUGUCUUCAAGAUUUUGCCGGCUGGAAGUGAUUCAUCUGAACCGGGACCAAUUAUGCCUGGACUGAUGGUCCCACCUUUUGGAGACUCCAGUUUGUUCCUCAGCAGUCCAGUAUGUGAACAGCCGCCACAGCACGUACCCAAAGAUGUUACUUCCAUGCUACACUACCAAGAUUUACCGUGCAGUCACGAGGCGUCUAAGGCUGAGCCAGAAGCCGUCCUUGGCCUUUCAUGUCCACUGUUGGAAAGACAUAAUCUGCAAGAAACCAGCAGUGAGCCUAGUGCCGAGUUAAAGAACGAGCUUAAUCUCAUGCGUUCUUUGUCUUCAUGCCCCGUCGUCCCAGAAGACAUGGGAAGGCACAGUAGCAAUCUGUCUGCCACACUUAAUCUUGUCUCGACAUGGUCAAAGCAUUGCAUCCUGCCUAAAGACAGUUCCUCUUGAAGUGAUACCAAUGGCCAAGCAUUUUCCUGUUUGUUGCGUUUUCGAGCAAGUUAAAUGCACGUGCAGCCAAAGAAACAUUCUAGUCAACUGCGGUCACCAGUGCCGAGUUCUGUGCUCCGUGCAGUGUCAUCUGUGUGUGGGCCAUUGUCAUGGUGCGGCGAAAUGGUGUUCUUUGAACUGUGGUUGUCCUUUACUGUGGCAAUGUUCCUGUUUCUUUUUGAGACUCGGUGCUUGUUUAUGCUUGCCGUGGUAACUGCAGGUCAUUGACAACGAACAUCAGUGCCACUAGCCAGCGGUCAUUACGGGCACAGGGAGCAUUGAGGUGCUCUGGUUUUCCUCACCCUUUAUGGAAUACUGCUGCUACUGUUAGUUGUGCUGUACCUCUGCUUCCCUCUCCUUCUUUUUAGUGUGUUAAGUGCUGUUGUUAUUGUGAAACUACCUCUGCUUUUGGCAAUGCUCCUGUGAUUUGCAGAACUUGAGAUGAAUGUGAUAUAUUGCAAGGGCAGGGCUCAAGCCUCCCUUAUAGGUACUUGUAUUUUACACAUUACCUGUCCAAUACUACUGCAAAGUAGUGUAGCAAAUAGUCUGUUGCAUUGACGUGGCUUCCUAGAUGUACUCUUAUUACUCCUAUUGAUAGAGUGCAUACAGUCAUUGUCAUGUGUUACACCUGCACUUAGGCAUGCCGCUGUGUGACUGGCAGUAACGAACAUUGAAAGAUUGUCAUGACUUCAGCAGUGUUCCCAGGUAUUGUGGCUAACAUCUGGAGUAGGUGUAACCUCUGAGUGGUCUAUCCUAGUCUGUAGUCAGGCAUAGAAAAGGCACAGUAGUCCAUGUAAGGCUUGUCUCCUUUGUUAUUUCAUUCUCAAUGCGAAUACGCGACCCCCAACAUGAUAAUUUAUUUCACCAAUCUACAUGUUAGCUGCUACCCUAUUGCACUACCAUGAACCAGGAUACAUUUGCUUGGUCCACUUACUGUGGCGUUCUUGCCUUGCUUGUGUUGAAGGCCAUCUUUGAUGCUGGUCAUGUGUCUGACGUGAUUGGUGAGACCAAUCUUUCACACCAUGCGAUACACUGUGCGGUUACACGUUCUCUGUGUCAAAUGAGCAUUCCAACAUGAUGAGAUUCACUUUCCAAGUCUCCUACUUGCUGGCAAUGUACACCCAUCCAAUAGACAUAUUAACCAUUAUUGUGUCCAUGCAGCAGUUGUGAGUCACUUUAAUGGGCUUCAUUAUUAGAUCUGAGUAGUUUUUGGAAUGGGUUGAGCAUUGUGGCUCAUUACACAUUUAGAAAAUCAGCAGCAAAGGGAGACUUCAGUUUAGCUAGUACUUAAAAGGACACUCAGAUAAUUGCUCUGGUCACAUUUAUGCAAGAGAAUAUAUAAAGUUUCGUGAGGAACAUGACAUUCCUAUUGGAAGCUUUACCUCCAAAUGCAUUGAACUUCGUACACCGUUUGUUAAUAAAGAAAGUGUUUCAUUUCUUGUGUCCCAUUUUCAAUGGGGCUGUAGCAAAUUCUUAUUUUAUAGUGCUGUUUUCUUGUCUUCAUGCUCAUUUCUUGCUUGUGGAACUUCCCAUUUGGGUCUUUCUUUGAGUGUGCCGUCGCCUGCCUUCUCUCUAGUCCCGGUAGUUGCUUUUUCUUAGAUUUUCUCAGAAACGAAGGGAAAAAGGAUGUCUGCUUGUACUGAAUAUAUCCCAGUGGCAUUUGCACACUUUUGGUGCCAUCAGACGCUGAGAAUGACUAGAUGGCAAUUAACAGCCGACGUGACUCCCCCCAAAAGUUGUUAGUUGCCUACCAAACUCUAGCAAAAGUGUUUUUUCUCUUUAUUUCCUGCAGUCAUGCAGAACAUCUGGACUGCAUACUGUGAAAUUUGCCUUUCAAAAGUAGCCAUAUUCAACUGGUAAGACCAAAC